AUGAAGAACAUAAAUAAAGAAUUUGAGCUGGGAAAAUUCGUCCUAACUACCACCACUACAGAGAGCAGUCCAACACAAGAUUCACCAAUGCCUUCAUCUUUUCCACGAAUCAUUAAGGAAAUCACAACUCACGAUAGCGAUAAUCAAAAAUUAAGUGAUCGACUAAAUAUUGUUGGAUGUGCUUCACCAGUAUUCACUUUACCUUUGGAUAAUUUCAAAUGCAGCUCAACACAAACAAUAAACAAACCAAAUUCAAAUUUGGAUCUGCAAUUAUAUUCUAAUUUAAGAAUGCGCGAUCUUUUCCGGAGGAACUCACAUACUUUACUUAUUUUACCUGAGCAAAAGCAAAUUUCGACUAUUUCUUCAUCUUCUGGAAAUUCUCAUAUGCAUCUUAAUAUGCGAAAUGAAUCUGGUGAUCCAAUUAUCCAUGCUGGCCAUAUCAUGCAGUUAACUAAAACAAAAUUAUCGUUAAAUCCUUCUCUAACGAUGCAUCGAAAGUCAACUUUCACAGGAUGGUUUAACAUGAAAAAUAAUUUAAUGAAUGAGGCUGACAGGCGAUGUUCUCAGCCACUUCUUUCAGCUGGUACUGACCAAGAUUCAACGCCUAGUAAACGUUAUGGGGAAGGCGUCAUGAUAAACGAUACGAGGUAUCAAAAACACAAAGCAUCGAAUGAAAAUCCACCGCGUAUUCUUUCAAAGAGGGUCAGUUGGUUGUCAAUCAAACAAUACGAUGAUUCCGAUGAUAUUCUAAUUUCGGGUACCAAAACUAGUCGUCGACCGUCAUCAACGAACAUCUCCGAACAUUUCUCAAGUCGUAGUAAUUCAAGGGCUAAUAUUCAUUACAACUCAGCACUUCAACUUGAUAUUAGUAGUUUAGCAGAUCGAGGUGAAACACCACCAUCGGAAACUAUCAGUUGGAGUUUCGCAGGUGAUCAGAUUAUAUAUAUUUGA